UUUUUGCUGUAUUUAGUAUGGAUUAUUGUCCACCAACAAAACGCGCAAGAGCGUUCUUCAUCGACAACCUCCUCUCUCUUGAUCAAUCAGGAGGAGAAGCUGCUCCCCAACAAUAUAUUGAGCAGCUUGAGAAUACAACAAAAUUCAUCAACAAAUUUAAAAUCACCAAAAAUUACACCAAAUUCUUAAUUCAGAAUAUUCCGGCCGACCCUGAGGCCUUAUUAUCAGGAAUAUUCCAACACUGCUUUAAUGAAGCAGUGAACAACGCCAAAAAUAAUGGACUUGAACCAGAGGAGCUGGGUUGCACAGUAUCAAGUGAGUUAUUAGAUUCAGAUAUUUGGAUCCCCCUCAGGCCCACCUCCCAAAACACCUUCAAUACCCUGCUCAACCAAUUUAAUAAGGUCUCCCAGAGUAAAAAGCAGGCGGGAGUAACCCUUUGGGGAAAACCUUUUUCAGUUAAUAUUAUGGUCGUUGACAAGAAAAACUUGUCCACUGAAAACAACAUUACUGGCGGAGCUCCACGUAGAAUUGCUCCUGUCCAUCACCAGAUCAAGCAGCAGAACUUGAUCAAAAUUAACAACAACAAUGGAUAUUGUUUAUUUUAUGCUUUAUUAGCAGCACGAGUAUGGAUCAAAUGGACAAUUUGA